AUGUCCAACGAAGAACAGCUUCUCAAGAGGCCAUUAUACGUGUUUGAUCUCCCUGAUAACCUCCUCUCGAAUCUGGCCUUAAAAACCGGCCGGGAAACACCCUCCCCCCCGGAAGCUAUCGAGACUCCCGUCCCCACCUCCAAUCAAGAUGGAGAGGCCACCGCAACAUCUUGUGGGCUUUGCGGGACUAAUAGCACCACGGUAGAAGAACAGAGAAUGCACGUACGAUCGGAUCUUCACAGGUUCAACCUCAAGCGCAAGAUAGCAGGACAAACCGCGGUAUCGGAAGCCGAGUUUGAGAAGAUGCUGGAGGAUAUGAACGAAAGUAUUUCCGGCUCCGAGAAUGACAGUGAACCCUCCGGAGACGACGACGAUCCGCUCUCAACGCUUCUCCGGCGGAAGGCUCGCAUUGCGAAUGAGAACACUGAAAUAUCGCCGCAUCGGAUAUCCAAGAUGGGGCCCGGAAAAGCUCCGAUAAUUUGGUACUCUUCUCCACUUUUGCCACCUACCAUUUCGCUGGGAGUCUACCGGGCACUAUUCUCGCAUACGGAACGGGAGGGGGUGGACUACAUUUCAGGACUACAAUCCAGCCAACUCAAAUCAAAGCCUGGGGAGAAGCCAGCUCAUAUAUUUAUGUGUAUGAUUGGUGGUGGUCAUUUUGCUGCAAUGGUCGUCUCCCUUGCCCCCCGAAAUGUAAAAAAGCAAGGUACGAUGGAGCGUGAGGUCACAGUACUGGCGCAUAAGACAUUUCAUCGGUAUACAACUAGACGAAAGCAGGGAGGAGCGCAGUCCUCGAACGACUCAGCAAAAGGCAAUGCCCAGUCUGCUGGUGCCCAGAUCAGAAGAUACAACGAAGCCAUGCUGAUGACUGAAGUCCGCGAUUUACUCGCAAGCUGGCAGGGGCUCAUAGAUACGGCCAAACUCGUAUUCAUCAGAGCCACUGGGUCGGUCAAUAGGCGGACACUCUUUAGCUACGAUGAUGCGCCAUUACAAAGCCAGGAUCCAAGGAUCCGCGGGUUCCCCUUCACCACAAGGAGAGCAACCCAAAGCGAACUCCUCCGCUGCUUCACAGAACUCACCCGCAUGAAGGUCUCCCGGGUCGAUGAAGCGGCAUUAGCAGCGCUCGCGGAAGAGUCCAGGAAAGCAGUGGAACCCCCCACCGUCAAGCCUCCUAAACCCGAAAUGCCAAAACUUACCAAAGAGGAAGAAGCUCAGAUCCUUCACUCGACACAGAUAACCGCUCUCAUCCGCCGAUCCAAAGCUGCAGCACUCCUUUCGUAUCUGGCCACGAACAAACUAUCUCCAGAUUUCCAAUUUCACCCUCCAAACAACCACUCCCCAACUCUCCUUCACUUCGCAGCAUCAUCAAACUCCCCGGCCGUCGUAUCGGCACUACUAGCCAAAGCCGGCUCAGACCCUACAUACACCAACCCCCAGCAGCCAAAAACCCCUUUUGAACUAGCUGGCGACCGAGCAACGCGCGACGCCUUUAGAGUUGCGAGAGCCGAGCUGGGCGAGUCGAAAUGGGACUGGGCAGAGGCUAGGGUUCCAACAGCGCUCACAAGGAAGCAAGCCGAAGAACGUGAGAACCGGGAAAGGGCAGACAAUGAGAAGGAGGAGAAAGCUAGGAGACAGAGGGAGCUUGAGAAACUGAAGCAGCAAGAGGUCAAGAGCCCAGCAAGGGGCGGGGGGAAGUCGCUUGCCAGUUCUGUGGUUAUGGGACUCAGUCGGAGAGAAGAGGAGGAGAAAGGAUUAACCCCCGAAGCGAAGUUAAGGCUAGAGAGGGAACGCAGGGCUAGAGCUGCAGAGGAGAGGAUGCGGAAGUUGCAGGGAAGGUAG